UUAGUGAGUCACUGGUUGGAAAAUGGCAACGUCAUAGAAUUUUUGAAGAAGGAACCGUCCGCGAACCGUUUGAACUUGGUACGUGACGUGGUCAAGGCGUCGGAAUACUUGCACGAUAUAGGUAUUGUCCACGGCGAUUUGAAGGUGAGUACUGUGGACUCGAACAAUGUACUCAUCAACAGCGUUGGCCGAGCAUGUCUAUGCGAUUUUGGGUUGACGUCUGUUUACGCCGAAGUGUCGCUGAAAUCGUCAUCGAGCAACGCCGGCGGGAAUAUGCGCUAUCAGGCACCAGAAUUAUUUUUCGAUGCUCGACUCUCACCAUCAACCGACGUCUACGCCCUA